AUGCUUUUUAAGAUACGUAAAGUGAAAGUCAACCUUAGCAUUUCCGUGGCUCAUGAAAUCACGUUGAAAAAAGGACCUGCCAUUUAUCCUGUUUGUCGUGUUGAAUGCAAGAGUUUCAUCGUCCCCGCAGGUAAUCCCUCCCUGAGAAAAGAUAACCUUUUCAAUGGAUUGGUGCCGAAAACACUUGUCUUUGGAUUGGUUGAAAGCGAAGUGUUUAACAGUGCUUUGAAAAAGAAUCCGUACAAUUUUCAAUAUUUCAAUGUGUCUGCCAUUGGAAUAACCGUCAACGGAGAAAAAAUGCCAUUUAAACCCUUGCAGCUUUCCUGUGGUGCAGCACCUAAAUACAUCGAAGCAUUCAGCACCCUCUUUUCUGGUACAGGGAAAUGUACUACAACACAGGAAAUGAUAUAUCCCGAAUUUCGCAAAGGUUACGCUGUGUAUGCCUUUUACCCGACACUGGACAUGUGUGGAGCCUCUCCUCAUUUUAAUGUGGUGCAGAAAGGAAAUUUAGCCAUUGAUAUCCAGUUCUGCAUAGCACCUGCAAAUGCAGUGAGCUCGUAUGUUAUGAAGAGUUAG